AUGUCUUCACCAUCUCCAUAUCCUACUUCAAGUUACACCACCCCUCAUCGAAACUCUCAAUCCUACUCUGGCAUAGAUCCAAAUGCUCCUCCACCACCACCACCAAAACCAAAUUCCCAAGAUGUGAGUCGUCAAGGUACACCUGCGGGAACCGGGAAUCAAUCAUUUCCUAGAUCUGGAGAAAAAACAUCAAUGCAAUACGAAGAAAGACAUGAUGAUUCUCCACGAGAACAACCUCAACAGAUACAAGAUCCUGGGGAUCAAUGGCUUCCGAAAAUGUUAAAGGAUAAAUCGAAACAAGACCUCGCAUCCACUUUAUCCAACCCUGCCCUCUUAGCCGCUCUUACACACUCAACAUCAACCGCACAUCCAUCCAUUUCCGCAUCACAAGAACCAUUAACAUCCGCAUUGAAUGAGAAUAUCGCACUAGCAACCCAUCUAUUGGAAGUCGAAUCUCGACUCGAUCACCUGCGCUCUUCAACCCAAGAUCAAUUACUAUCCGCACAUGCAUUGGAACGUCAAUGGAAACAAAAACAGUCAGAGAUGGAUAGAGCGUUAGCGCCCUUCUCACCGAGCUCACUAUAUCAAAGAUUAGGACAAGGAGUUCAAGAACAGGAAAUGAUAUGUAGGGCAAUGGAAGAGAGUUUUCUUGAGGGUGAUGGAGUUGCUACGGAGAAAGAAGCGAGUGAUUGGGUUCGAAAGUUUAGGGAGACGAAGAAAGUCUAUUACUCAAGGAGAGAGCGGAAGGAAAGGUGGGAUGAAGGAAGGGUUGGGGGCUGGAGAUGA